CGCGUGAGUGAAGAGAAGACGUGGAAGCCUAGGGCAAUGGGAACAGUUUGAUUCAGAAAUUUCGCUAAUUUUAGGGAACGUCGAUAUUAGGAUGUGAACAGUUGAGUUAUGAAUUAUCACUGUUACUUUUAGUUACUUUUGAGUUUCGUCUAGACAUGUUCUAGUCACGCAUUUUUGAUGGGAGGUCCAAAGUAACACCAUAUAUGGAAGUGGGCAACUUUAUCUAAAUCUAUCGAUCACAUGACACAUACGGUCUCCUUACGUCAUUUUGUUUCGGUGGAAGAACAGCAACAAGGCGGAGAGCCAGAGGCGAGGGAGCGACUUUCUCACGGGCAGAACUCGCUCCAGCACAUUCGAUCACACUGCAAGUGCCGAAAACAUUACAAGUGAAUUGACUCUACUACUAGAUUUAAAUGGCAGUAGCUCAACCGAAUACAGAUGGAUAUGUAAGCGAUGAGGACAGUGAACAUAUGCUAGAGUGGAGGAAGCUGAAAGAGGACUUUCUAGGAGACAGAAAGGAACCUGUCUCUGAGAUUUCCUCAGCUGGAGACCUUCAGGAGUGACUAUCGCCGAGGAUUGUCAAUCCAGGGAAUGACAAGGGCAGAGUGAGACUGGGUCGAGUCUAGAGUACCUGCAUGCUGCUUCAAAGAUAGAGUUGAAAUACUUUGACGAUGAGUGUAAGUCCGUCUUUCCCCCUGUGCCCAAACUUUUGCUGCCUAGUACAUCUUUUCUAUGGUGAUUGUAAGUCAACAGUUGAUAGUUCCCAACUAUGCGGUAGCACUUUAGGGAGGUGGGCGUGCUUCUUGUGGACAAAGUUCGUGCUUUACAUUGGUCUGGUGCCAAGUAAAACAGGUAUGGUGUGAUAUUACAUGACACCUAUACAGUGAAACCAAUAGUAGUUAGAACGUCAGAGAGAUUGGUGCGCUGUGUAUGCUCGGAUCAACAAAACUCGUGCACUCAUUCACAUUCACAUGGUAGUUGCAGCAGCCGCUUCUAGCGCUACAUGUGACAGGUGAGUGAAUGAUGACAUGUCGCGAAGGCUUCAUUGUUGAACGCUUGACUUCUAGGUUUGAAAGGAUUCAAGUGGCACAUGAGCGACAACAAACAGAGAUGCUCAGGUUUGUCAAGUGGUUGCUAGGAUUGAAGAACAAUGGUUUUAAUAGUGGACUGUUCGUGUUAUUGCCUACUGCUUGAUAAUAUGGUUCUUGGCAAACAACAGAUAGUGUUGUAUAUUUUCCUAAUUGUCUGUGUUACAAUAAAACAUUUCUUCUGAUUACAGGUUUCUGGUGGAGACGUCAUCAUGCUGGAAGGAAGUGUAGAGUCAGAUAUGACAUUGAUAGCAAAGAACAAUGCUCUGGAAACAGUGGUAGAUAAACUCUUUAAACAUUGUAUGAAGAAUACUUGUGCCAAGCAUCGUUUUGAAUGUAAAUUGCAAGCUAUGGAGAAAGCAAUGAAAGAUAACAUAAUGGCUGUUCCAACAGCAGUUCAAACGCUUGUUGAUGUACAGCAGGAAACAAUACCUAACUUGAUUAGACAAAGAGCAUGUCAUCAACCAGCACGUUUACAGCAGCAAACUGAUGAAUGCACUACAGAACCGGAUGAAAAAAAGGAACUGGUCAAGAUGGCAGCUGAACAAAUGCAGAUAAAGGAGGAGAAUAGUACUUUGACUAGGCGCAAUGCAGAUCUAAUAGAGGCACUACGCGCUCUGUUUGUUGUAAAUGGAAAGAACCAAGAGAUUUUACAAGUAGAGACACCACCGAGUAAUUCAGCUGCAAGAGCACCUAACGAAAGUGAGUUUGAUCUACCAAAGAGCAGUGAAAAGAAAGUUGAGAAUGGAGAUCUGGUUGAUGAAACCAGAGCUCUGAAGGCUGAGAACGUGCGUCUAAGAGCUGAAAUCAUGCAUCUAGACACUAAAAAAAGAGAUAUGACACAACAGUAUGAAAAUGAACUGUCUCUUGGUCGGAAGAAUGAAGAAAGACUUAGAAUUGAAAUCCAGAAGCUACAAAGGCAGCUGAGAAUCAGAGAUUAUAGUAGCGACAAGAAGGUUCCAGACAGUGGUUUACCAUCAACAGACUAUCCAGUCAAGAACAACAAGGAAUCAUAAUGUUGAACAUGUAUCCAGCAUUGCAACGUAUCAGGGAGGUUCUGAUCUAAGAGGACGAUGAAUUGUACACGAAGAGAUUUGUCAUCCAGCGCCGAGCGCCAACACUGAGCGAAACCAUUGUUGAGCAAUCUGCAUGUAAAUAGCAACAAUUCAGCAAUAUCUUGUGCUGUUUGUGCUGUACAUACAGCCACAGCUGCAGCAACUGUAGUAACUUAAAGAUUAUGUUUUAUGCUGAUUGAUGCAGGAUGAAGUAUGUAGUCAUAGUACAUUAUAGAACUACAAUAUUGUUGUUGUUAAUUCUGUUGACAACAUAAGGAUAUUAUAGUGUUGACUAAAGGACUGGAGAAUUAGGGAGCUGUGUUUAGCCCUGUAUCUAAUCUAUACAUGAACCUGUCAGUUUGCAGUGCAAUUUGAGCACAUGCA